GCCUGCUCGCCAUGCUGGACCUGGGAGUAGACUAUGGCAAACCAGGAGGAGGAAGAGAAGGAGGAAGAGCAGCGACUGCACGCCAGUUGCCUGUUUCUGGGAGAGCGUUGGCGCGGGAGUCAGGCAUCAGUAUCAAGCAGAAGAUCUCACAGUGGGAGGGGCUCAGCCAGCAUGAGGACGCACAUGGAGGGAGGCCCAAGGCCCAGGGCCCCCAUGUCUCAUGUACUCGUUCUGGUGAUGUGAGAAAUGUCAUUCCCUUGGACAAUAAAACUGAUGGACUGCAUGGAAAAGCUAACAUGUCUAAAGCCAAAAGCCUGGGUUUGGAUUUCAGGGAAAACCAGACUAGUCACGGACAGUACACGGUGGGACGGAAAUCCGAACCCGAGCACAACCGACCACUUUUAAACGAACAUGUAAUCUCGACUAAGACAUCACUAGGCCUGAACGCGGGCCGAACGCAGCGUCCUGUAAACAAAUCAGAUACUUCAAAGCAGAAAAACGAUAAUGAUGCCAUCGAUCAUGUCAUGGAUGAAAUCACAUCUCUGCCUGAGGGUGACGAAGAUCCCGAUGACUCUCUGCCCCCUGGGAACUUCUACACCUCUCGGGGGUUUUGGAGGAGACUGGAGGAUUCUCCCUGGAAGAGGGAGAAAGAUCUCUCACCUGUGUCUAAGCAUCUCACCUCAGGGGGCACUGAACUGAGACCCCAGAAUCCCAUCACACCACCACCAAAACCACAACGCACAUUCCAGUACCAAGGAGCCAACAGCCCACCUGAGUAUUCAGACCAACGGGAGAAGACAAAUUCUCCUGUGAGCCAAUCAAAACAGCUCAGAAAGCGUGAUGUCAUAUGCCCACCCAGUGUUUCGCCUCCAGCGUGUCCUGUAACCUCCAGCAAUGGCAUUUCCAGAAACAGGAAGAACAGGAAGUCAUUUGAAUUCGAGGACGUGGUGCGUUGGACGGCUCAGCAGGGGUCCAGAGAGACGGAGGGAUGCCGCUCAGGGCUGUACCACACCCGGUCACAAGACAGCAUCUACGAAGACAUCAUCGCGGAAGUGUUGCGGGAGAAUCCGUAUGAAGACAUCAAACCGUCUUCCUCGUGUCUUCCUAUCACGCGGUCCCGAAACUGGACCGUCACACAGGGACGGACGCCUUGCACCCCAAAGAUGCCUCAGAAACCCCUCACGCUACGAGCCAAUGCUGACCGAGUACACGAGGUCUACAAGCAGUCUGUGAUGUCACCAAUACAAACCUCUAACCCGAGCACACCUAAGCCAUCGGCAACAAAGCGGGCUACCGCCUACAGAACGCAGCGCCAGCCUCAGUAUGUGAGCAGGAUCCAAGAGAUCUUCCAGGCCAAGAGAGGGAAAAAGAGAGUGAAAAACCAGACAAGUGCUAGCAGAGAGGAAUUGAGUGGAACAGAGAGCGAUCCAGAAGAGAGCACUAAAAAAGGGGGGUCCCAGCGCCUGGUGUAUGUGCAGUCCACGUUGAAGAGGAGACCAGGCUAUCGCACCCUGGAGAGAGAUCUCAUCCAGCUGCAGCAGCAACAACUCUUCCAGCUGUUUGUGGUGGUGUCACUUAGAAAGCGUUCCCCUGGAAACGCAUACUACCCAGAGAUCACCCAACAGUUCCCUACCAAGUUUGAGAAGACCUCGCGAAUGUCUCGUGAGACCGAGGAUCGUUUGAAAGCCAUUCCUAAUUUCUGCUUCCCCGAUGCUCAGGACUGGAGACCAUCUGCAGACAUAAACAGUGAAACCUUUUCAUUUGUCCUGACUGGAGAAGACGGAACCCGAUGGUUUGGUUAUUGUCGGAAAAUCUUGCCCUGUGGAAAGGGGAAGAGGUUGCCCGAGGUUCACUGCAUCAUCAGCCGGCUUGGUUGCUUCAAUUUGUUUGCAAAGAUCCUGGAGGAGGUGGAGAGGAGGCGAGAGAUCUCUCCUGCGCUCGUCCACCCGUUUAUGCGCAGCGUCAUGGAGGCUCCGUUUCCUGCUCCAGGACGCACCAUCACCGUGAAGAGCUUCCUGCCCGGCUCUGGCAACGAGGAGCUAACCUUGUGUCGCCCGGUGGACUCGCGACUGGAACACGUGGAUUUUGAAAGUCUGCUGCAGUGUCUGAGUGUGAGCAGGUUGCUACAGGUUUUCGCCUCUCUGUUGCUGGAGAGGAGAGUCAUCUUCAUCGCAGAUAAACUCGGCACCUUGUCUCGGUGUGCGCACUCUGCUCUCGCUCUGCUCUACCCUUUCACAUGGCAGCACACCUUCGUGCCUGUGCUGCCUGCCAACAUGCUGGACAUUAGCUGCUCUCCGACUCCUUUCGUCAUGGGAGCGCUGUCUCCCUCCCUGGACCAGCUGUUGGAUUUGCCCAUUGAGGAGGUGCUUAUUGUGGACCUGUGUGCGGACAAGUUCGUUGUGCAGAUGGGAGAUGAAGACUGCAUCCUCCCCAGUAAGCUCCAAGCAGCCCUGCAGGAAGUCCUGGAGAGUCGGGAGGAGAUGCUGGAACACAGCAAAGAGGACAGGAAGGAAGAGGAGUGCAGCCUGAGUGCGCUGGUGUCCGAGGCGUUUGUGAGAUUCUUCGUGGAGCUGGUGGGCCAUUACCCGCUGCACAUCAACGAGACGGGACACGACGGCAUCCGCGAGCUCAACCGAGAAACGUUCAGGAAGUCUCAUCCGUCCCGAGGCGUGCGCCAGUUCCUCCAGCUGUUCAUGGACACGCAGAUGUUUGCCGGCUUCAUCCAGGACCGAGAGCUCCGCAAGGGGGGAGUCAAGGGCCUGUUUGAAGUGCGAGCAGCAGAAUAUCUCGCCUCCUGUCCUGAGCCUGAACCCAGCGGAGUCAACAAAUUUCUCAAGGGACUCGGGAACAAAAUGAAGUUCUUACAGAAAAAGUGAGGGAUUGCCUAAGCAGCGGGAGGAGGAAAAAAAAUAAGCCGAGCGUGGCGUGCCAAGCGAGACGGAGCACUGAGAGGAGAGCCGUGAGUCACUGGAGAAAACGGGACCGGCUGGGUGGAGACAAGAUUGAGCCUGGACUGGGCUCGUUUCCCCCUGUUGAAGCACUGCACAGGCGCUCCCAAGAUUAAAAAGUGGAAAUGGAGUAUAAUUAUUAUUGUUAUGAAGAAAUGAAAGACUGAAUUAAAGCUGGGAGAAAAGUGUCGUGGUUAAAGCAGAGGCUUCGUGUUUAAUUACAGGAAGACGCAGGAUAAUAAAGUAGUUCUUUUUACACUAAUCCUGAUCGUUUUGUUCUGUUUUGUAACUGUUGGGAAAUAAAACUUCAUUUUAUAGUAAA